AUGGCUUUCUCCCGCGUUGCGUUACCGUUGCGACAGGCUUCGGUCACACGAAAUGUUUUAUCUCGCCACAUCCACUCCUCGCCUUUGAGAGCGGCCAUCGCCCACCCCAUCACAGCCCAAGGCCCUCCGCCGAAAGCUCCGACCCCAGCGGAAGCUUUUAGGGAGUCAGCUGCGCAGAGCAAUGCAGGAUCUGCGGGAGAGGAAUCACAACCGAAUAGAGCGAAUGCCUCGCUGAAGAAGCGUUUCUGGAAGGAUGUUCAUGUUCAUGGGAAACCUGGAGAAUAUCAAGUACUGCUUGACAAACGGCCCGUCCGAACCCCGAACAAGGACAUCCUCUCCAUCCCACCAACAAAGCCACAUCUAGCCCACGCCAUCGCUCUAGAAUGGGACGUCAUGACCUCCGCCCAACAAGCCUUGAAAAGCCACCUCAUCCCGCUGACCUCCCUCGCCGCGCGCGCCGAGGACAUCAUCCGGGAAGAAGCCAAGGGCGUCACCACCACCCGCGACCAAAUCCUCACGACAGCCAUGCGCUACCUCGAGACGGAUACUUUGCUUUGCUGGGAGCCAGAGCGGGAGCGACACCCGAUGGAGUGCCAGAAUGAGAAGGGCGAGUACAUUGAGAGUCUACGGGAGAUCCAGGUCCGUGUUUCCAAGGAUAUUAUGAGCUUCCUGUCUACGAAGGUCUGGCCUGGUCUUGAGAUUGUUCCUAUCCUGGAUACGCAGAGUAUUCUCCCCGUUGCGCAGCCUCAGGCUACGCAGGAGGCUAUUCGUGCUUGGGUGCGGGGACUUGCUGCGCAUGAUUUGGCGGGUUUGGAGAGGGGGAUUCUUGCUUCGAAGAGUCUUCUUGUUGCGGUUCGGUUGGUUGCGGAGUGGAGUGAGAAUUUCCGCCAUGUUCAGCGCGAUGGGAAGAAAUUUGGACUGGAAGAGGCGGCUGAGGCUUCGAGUCUGGAAGUGAAGUGGCAGACUGAUAUGCACAAACACAAGCGCUCGCGCAGCGCCCUGGCACUUUCCCUUUUACACCGCGAUAAAUCCAGAGGUCAGGGUGAAGACAAGGAAGACAGCGACAAAGCUUCGGUCGGAUCAACUUCCUCUGGAAAUGGCUCCCCCUCCUUGAAGCACACCCGCAGUAACAGCCGCCACACUUCUCAAACUCGCAAGGCCUCCCUCGAUCCUACAUCCCCCCCAACCUCUGGCGUCCCCCUCCAACAUAUCCCCUCCAAUCAGAGCAUCCAGAGCUCCCACGCUGAUAGCGUGACCGGAUUGGACAAAGGUGCGGUCACAUCCGCGCCUCAGCCGGAGACUACCAGCAUGUCCCUAGAUCAGUCGGUGCGGACCUUCCGCUUGUUCGAGAUCCUGCGAAGCGGCGAUACAACGGCGAUUUCCAAGGCGAUUAAGGAAUCCCAGGAUCCUCAGGUUGCGAAUCGCUUGUACGGUACCACGAUCCUGCACCUAGCCUUGCAGUGCGCUGAGCCCCAGGUCGUCGAGUUCGUGUUAUCAUCCGGUGACGAUCAGUGUAUCAACGAGCAAGAUCGGGAGGGAAAUACCCCUCUCCAUCUCGCCGCGCAACUUGGCCGUGUCUCUCUCAUUCGAGAACUACUGAACCGAGACUCGCUCAAUGAUGCGAUCGUCAACUACCGCGGCCAGACUGCGCUAGACGUCGCACGUACCCCGGAGAUCUUCCAGCAACUUCAACUAGCCCGCUCGCUCUUCAUCGACAAUAAGACGCAGGAGAUCCAAGUCCUGCUCGCGAAGAAAGACUACGAGAACUUGGAGAAGCUCUUGGAGGAACCCCGCGCGGAGGGAAUCUUGGACGUCAACGCCCUGGACUUGGUCACUGACCCCACCACCGUGCAGACUGGGGGAACUUUGCUGCAUGAGGGUGCUCGCAACAAGGACUCGCAGCUCAUUCAAAUACUCUUGACUCACGGGGCGGAUCCUUUCCGCCGUGAUAAGAAGGGCAAGUUGCCGCAGGAUGUCACCAAGGAUGAUAAGACUCGCGCCCUCCUUAAGAAAUCCCCCGCUGCGGUGAUCGCUCAACGGGGUAUUCAGGAGAGAGCCAUUCUUGGUAACAACAACGCUCAGGGUCUAUCGGCUCGGGCCUCGAUCGGUGGCGAGGCGCCUCUUGCUGGCAAGGAUGCUCGUGAAAUGAGAGGAUAUCUUAAGAAAUGGACCAACUAUACCAGUGGGUAUAAGUUGCGGUGGUUUGUCUUGGAGGAUGGCGUUUUGAGCUAUUAUAAGCAUCAGGAUGAUAUUGGCUCGGCUUGCCGUGGCGCUAUUAAUAUGAGAAUUGCCCGACUCAACAUGGAUGCACAGGAUAAGACUCGAUUUGAGAUUCACGGGAAAUCAUCUGUCAAGUAUCAUCUCAAGGCAAACCAUGUCGUCGAGGCCAAACGCUGGUUCUGGUCGCUGAACAACGCGAUCCAAUGGGCUAAAGAUGAGGCCAAGGAAGAGGAACGGCAGCGCAAUCAGAAUGCCGAGGUCCUUCGCCAGGCAAAGAUGGACCAGAGCGAAGGUCGUUCAGUUGGAACUCCAUCCGAGUCCGGUCUAAGUCACCGUCCCAGCACAAAGAGUCUCGCCCCUCCAUCCACUCUAGCCGUGCCUGGUAACAGCAUCACACGACUGAGCACUCAUGCCUCGCGCACAACACUUGAAACCACCCCCGAGGAUGAGGUAAGCUCAGCAUAUGGUUCUCUGGACCAAAGCACGAAUGAAGUCAACAGAGUCACCAGCCAUGCCACAACGAUGCCUGAUGGUGAUGGCAACGAUGAUGAUGAGGAAUUUUACGACUACGCUUCUAGCCACGAGGCUCCUGCGGAGGAUAAGGAUGCCCUGAACAUCACCGCGCAGUCUGCGAAGCUCCAGCUGGAUCUCCUGGCGAAUGUCACUGCCUCACUGCAGGCGGAACGGACUAAGAAUCCUGGCACCUCAAUUGGGGACCCUUCCUUUGAGCAGGCUCUCGGUGCUUAUGAAGGUGCGGUCAGUAGUCUCAAGGGACUGGUUCAAAGCCUUCUCAAGAUCUCGCGGGAUCGUGAUUCCUAUUGGCAAUACCGAUUGAACAGGGAGGAACAUCUGCGCCAAAUGUGGGAGGAAAGCAUGGCACGCGUCGCUCAAGAACACGAAGAGCUUCAGUCCAAGAUGGGCGAGUCGGAAGAGAAGCGGAAACGAACCAAGCGGGCCCUCAAGGAGGCACUGGAAAAUGCAACAGCUGCCAGCCGCUCAACUAGCGACCCGCCUUCUCGUGCACCUGCCGAUAAUCAGGAUACGCUAGAGGAGAGUCAAGAGGAUUUCCGUGACGCAGACGCACACCAGGAAGACGGAGAGGCAUCGACUCAACUUGCUGCCCGUCCUACCCUCAGCCGCAAGCACUCUACCCUGUCGAAAAUCAGCAGUCUUUGUGAUUCUGAGUCGGAUGGGGACGAGUUCUUCGAUGCCAUUGAUGCGGGAGAUAUUGAAUCUCAAGAGACGAAGGAGCCUGAAGAUGAAAGUGCACAGGCUCGUAAUGAUAAGGUUGCUGUCAUUGCACCCUCAUUUAAGGGCUACGAAGAACCUGUACGACAAAGACUCAAGAUGGACAAUGAUAAUCGUCCCAAGAUUGGCCUGUGGGGAAUCUUGAAAUCCAUGAUUGGAAAGGACAUGACCAAGAUGACUCUGCCGGUAUCUUUCAACGAGCCAACAUCCCUACUUCAACGUGUUGCAGAGGAUCUGGAAUACACCGAUCUCCUUGAUAUUGCUGCCGACCGAUCAGACUCGAUGGAACGCCUGCUAUACGUGGCAUCAUACGCUGCAAGCGAAUACGCGUCAACAAUUGGCCGUGUUGCAAAGCCCUUCAACCCCCUGCUCGGUGAAACUUUUGAGUACGUCCGGCCUGACAAGGGCUACCGGUUCUUCGUGGAGCAAGUCAGUCAUCACCCGCCGAUUGGAGCUGCAUGGGCCGAAUCGCCCAAAUGGGAUUACUGGGGCGAGUCGUCUCUCAAGUCCAAGUUCUACGGCAAAUCGUUCGACAUCAACCUAUUGGGCACAUGGUUCCUCAAACUCCGACCCAUCACCGGCGGCGAGGAACUCUACACUUGGAAAAAGGUCACCUCCUCCGUCAUCGGUAUCAUCACCGGAAACCCCACCGUCGACAACUACGGCCUGAUGGAAAUCAAAAACCACACCACCGGCGAAGUCUGCUAUCUCGACUUCAAGCCCCGCGGCUGGAAAGCCUCCUCCGCCUAUCAAGUCGCCGGAAAAGUCGUCGACGCAACUGGCUCUCCAAAAUGGAGUAUCGGCGGCCGCUGGAACGACAAGAUCUACGCCCGCCACACACCCGGCUUCGAAGCACCCGUCUCAGGCCAAGACCCCGACUCCGCAAAGACCCUCCUAGUCUGGCAGGCACACGCUCGUCCCACAGGCGUACCAUUCAACCUAACCCCCUUCGUGAUCACGCUGAAUGCACUACCCGACAGCCUGAAGGAAUACUUACCUCCGACGGAUACGCGCCUGCGUCCUGAUCAGCGCGCGAUGGAGGAUGGCGAGUACGAUCUUGCCGCGGACGAGAAACACCGCGUGGAAGAGAAGCAGCGUGCUAAGCGGCGCGAACGCGAGACAAGAGGCGAGACGUAUGAGCCGCAGUGGUUCGUUCGCGACAGGUGUCCCGUCACGGGUGAGGAGUUCUGGGCUCAUAAUGGGAAAUAUUGGUCUAGUCGUGACGCGCGGGAUUGGAGUCGGUCUGAGGAUAUUUUUUGA